AUCACAACGGGCACUUCGCAUGCUCCCCGUCACACCUACCAUGCAUGUCCGGUGUCAAUUGCUCUCCAGACGCAUUCCGGCCGCAGGAGCUGUUGGUCGCUCUGCUCACCAGGCGCAGCGAACGUAUGCAACCACUGCGCCCACGCCUGCGCCCGCAGUGAAGAACCCUCUCCAGCGGCGACGCGGCGGUGAUCUUGGCUCCCACCUUCCCAAAAAUGUCAUUCCCAAAGAUGCAUAUAUUCCCGCAUACCCAUACGGCGAGCACAGGCUGUUCAAGCAAGCAAACAAGGGUCUUUACGGCGAGCAGAUGAUACGGUUCGGCAACAAUGUCUCUAAAGAAACCGAGACCAAGACCCGGCGGAAAUGGCAGCCAAACGUCCUAUCCAAGAGUCUGUACUCGGUUGCAUUGAAGAAGAGGAUAAAACUGCGCAUCACAGCCAAGGUGCUCAAGACAAUGGACCGUGAAGGUGGACUGGACGAGUAUCUACUCAAGGACAAUGUGGCACGCAUCAAAGAGCUUGGGCCUAUGGGAUGGGCACUCCGCUGGACGCUCAUGCAGAAGCCAGAGGUUAUUGAGCGAUUGCGUGCCGAUGCCGCGGCUCUGGGACUUGACCAAGCCACCAUCGACAAGCAAUGGCCAACUCCUCAGAUGAUGGCUGUACGCAAAGCGGCUGAAGGCACACCUGGACUUGAAAGCGAAGAGUUUCUGGAAAGCGAAGAGCAACAGAUGUGGGCACCAGAAGAAGCCGACACGCCUGAAAGCCCCUCACUUGAGAUUGAGCUGCUCGAAAAGUAUGAGAAGGGAACCGCAGCCUUUGCUGCCAACGAAUACCUCAAAGCCGUCAAGGCUGCACAGCGGUACUUGACCCGAGGUCUCGUAGACAGCGAGGAGGAGGGCCUCAAACUAGCCUUCAUCCGAGCAAAAGAGCGCAAAGAAGCAGCCGUUUCCCUCAAACAAAAAACCUACAGGAGAUACAAAGAGGCAGGCCUCACUGUCGAGGACUUGCAGGAAAUCCGGAACCGCUUCAGUCUGCCCAACAUCAAAGACUACACUGCCAUGAAGAUUGCCUACAACCAGCGUAAGCGAAAGGAGAUUGAAGAAGCUGGUAGUAUAGAGGCUUGGAAAGCAGCUGCUCGGCCCGACAAGCAAGCUGCCGAAGCCACAUAUGCUGCUCGCGUGCAAGCAGCUGGCGGCGAAGCAGCUUUCCGGGCCGCGCAAAAGGCGGAGUACGCAAAGGUAAUCGCAGAGGCGGAAACCGCUUCCACCAACCAGACUCUGGACGCGGAAAGGCGGAGAUACCUUGAGCGGGCGAUUCAUAAGGCAGACUUGGCCAUUAAGGCAAAGGCAGCGGGCGGUCAGGACGAUUAUGUCGAGUCCAUGUUGGAGGAUCGUCGUAGGACAGCAUCUGCUUCUGAUGGUCUGCGGGGUAUCUACGAGGGAUCUGUGCAGGAGAAGACUGCGCGUGGUGAUGCUUGGGCUGCGCUUGUUAAUUCGAGCAAUAAGGCUGCGUCGAGUCAGCCACGUGCCUAAAGCGGGGUUGUAUGAUUUAUAUGCCGGCUUUGUAAAAAUAUCGUAUGUGUACCAUGGAACUUGAGCAAUACUUAUUGCGUGGUACCUCUUCGUCAGCUACAUGCUUGCCACUUGAAACUUUGAUGUCACAAGGAAAAACUUUCACCUUUUUUUCUU